AUGAAUCAUAGAAAUUACCUCAUAUUUCAGACCAAAAAAAAAAGAAGGGAAAUCAAUACCCUUGCUUUCAGUACACUGACAUUAAACUUGAAUCCUCCAUAUAUAGUGCUCGAAGCAGCAGAGAUCUAGACAAAGAGAGAUGGCUCAAUAUGGCGGAGGAAGAUGGUCUCUUGAAGGAAUGACUGCUCUCGUCACUGGUGGAACCAAAGGGAUUGGGUUUGCAAUUGUUGAGGAAUUGGCCGGAUUAGGUGCAAGGGUACAUACUUGUUCUCGAAAUGAAACCCAGCUCAAUGAAUGCUUGAGUGAAUGGAAGAAGAAGGGUUUACAUCAAGUCACUGGUUCAGUAUGUGAUGUGGUCUCAAAAAUCCAGAGAGAGGAACUAAUACAGAAGGUCUCAUCACUGUUUCAUGGGAAACUUAAUAUCCUUAUAAACAACGUGGGAACUACUAAUGCAAAGCCAACAACUGAGUGCACAGCCGAAGACUACUCAUUUUUCAUGAGUACCAAUCUUGAAUCUGCUUACACUAUGUGCCAACUAGCACAUCCUCUUCUCAAAACUUCAGGAGCUGGUAACAUUAUUUUUCUGUCUUCUGUUGCUGGUGUGGUAUCAGUUGGGCAGGUUGCGAGUGUAUAUGGUGCAACUAAAGGAGCAAUGAAUCAAUUGGCCAAAACUUUGGCUUGUGAGUGGGCAAAAGACAAGAUUAGGAUUAAUAGUGUUGCACCUUGGGUCAUCAGAACUCCUCUUGUUGAAUUUAUUUUGAAUGACGAAAAGUUAAUGGAGGCUGUCAACUCUCGAACCCCAUUAGGACGUAUAGGAGAGCCUGAAGAAGUGUCUGCCUUGGUGGCAUUUCUCUGUCUUCCUGCAGCCUCAUACAUAACAGGGCAGACUAUUUGCGUCGAUGGAGGGAUAACUAUCAAUGGCUUCCAGUUUCAAGCAUAAUGAAAUAUGCUUAAGUGGGUGUAUUAUAUUUGGAUUUAUGUGGACUUUUUUUUAAAUAGAUUUGCUCUGGAUAGGAUCUGUUGCUAUGCAUAUCUUUAUAUAUAAAGCAUGGAGGAGGCUAGAAUGCGCAAGCAUGUAGUUUUACAGCCUCUGACAAUUGUCGACGUGGGGCGAGGAGAGCCACACAAUUGGUCAAAGUAGGGGCAUUUUGUAAUUUCUCGUAGACGGAUGUUAGGGAGUAAAACGGAUGGCCGUUGAGGUAAAACUUCCGAGGGAUUUUGAUGUCUAUUCUCACAAGGACUACAAUAUAGAGAGAGUCGUAUAGCCAGCCACCACUUGUCUUGAAUUUUCUCAUCUAGUCAUCUCAGGUUCUCAUUGACCAAAUGAGAUGAAGAAGAAGUUCCAGUUCAUCAACCCACCUCUGGGCUCUGGAUGUGCUUUCUGCGUCGAAGAGGACGAAGGCGAUGAAGAAGACACUGCAAGAUCUUUCAAAACUAUGGUGGGAUAACGAAUCUGGUUCAACUAAUCAAUGCCAAACAGAUCAAAAAUCUUUGCGGACACGGGUCCUAAUCCCUUUAAUUAGUUCUCAAAAGGUUGUAGAAAAUGCUUUGUGAUUGUUGAUAGGCCAUCGAGGAGAAGGACGAACGGUAUGGCUCUGGAGAAAAUGGAGGAAGGAGAUGAAAAAAUUGGAUUUUUGUGGCUGAUGCACCAACGAGGACGGUGGUAAUUAAAUGAGUUUUACCCAGAUUAA